AUGAUUUUCAAAAUGAUUAGACUGUUAAUGAUAGUUGCAAUGAACGAUAUUAUAAUGGCUCAAUUUUCCUGCAAGAAUCGUAACGGAAAAUCUGUUGAUUGGUUCGUCGGAUAUAAACAGCCCAAAAAGGCAUCACAGACAUAUCCGGGUGUAACAUUUCAUUACGCUGAUAAUGAUUCCAAAGAAUGGGGUCCAGCAGAAAAUUUGAAAUCACCAAAGAAUGCUAUUGCUGUAACGCUUAAACAAUAUUAUGAUAAUAAGAAUAACAAAAAAAAGGAAUUAUUUUAUCUCUUUUACAAUGACCAAGCACCAGUUAACGAAAAAAAAAGUCAUCUAAACCGCGCGCAUGCAAAAGGGGUCGCUGUUUUCGGUAACACAUCCGGUUUCUGGCUUGUUCAUAGUGUACCUAAAUUUCCUUCACUUAAACGCUAUUCAUAUGCUGAGAACGGUCAAACUUAUGGGCAGUCAUUUCUGUGUGUCACAUUGAAAACAACAUCCAUCAAAGUAUUUGCGAAUGCGAUGAGAUAUAUCUAUCCGGAAGUGUACGGUAUCACUGUGCCCAGAAAUUUCUUGAAUAGAUUCCCAUUGUUGGAAGAUCUGAAAGAGUUAAAAAAGAAAAGAAUUUCCAAUAUGUCAUCGUUGCUUCAGAACUUUAAGUCGAAUGGUAAUGUGGAUUUCUUUGCUUUCUCAAAGACUGGAAAAUAUAACAAAGAUCUUUAUUUGGAUUUGAUUGCAAAAGAAAUGAAUGUAUCACUUUUUGCUGAGACAUGGAUGAACGGUGCUGCAAAAGACUUAAAUUCGGAAUGCACUACUAAAUAUAAAGUAAUAAAUGUCAAGGAAUUGAAUGUCGCGGGUGACAAAUUUGCCAGCAACAGAGAUCAUUCAAAGUGGGCCAUUGCCGAAAACAAGACAAAACCACUUGUAUGCAUUGGUGACAUUAACAGGCAGGAAUCACAGAAAAAGCGAGGAGGUGGAGCAGUAUGCUUAUUGAAUAAGAAUAUUUGGAAUUUAUAUAAUAAAUCAAUUACCGAUGUAGAAAGUUGUAAAGUUAAAUGA